UUUACUGUGCAGACCAGCUGUGAGUCUCUAGGUGUUUUGUGUCUUGAAUUACUGACCAGAAUUGACUGUCACUGUCAGGAUGGCACUUUCAGAGUGGACCAGAAUUUUCCUGGGAGAAGCCAACGGUGUCCUGCAUGGAGACACUUGGAAUCUGGAGUUUGAUCCCUCUAUUCGACACAACUCUCCAGAGCCAGGAUGGAAGGAAUACAUCAGGACCACGAGUGCAAGGUUUCAGUGCACCCAGUGUCGAAGAGCCUGGCCUUCCAACCGAGUGAUGGUGAUCUUCCACAUGAGUCUGUCGGACGGGAACGGCCGUGUCAAAGUGAGGCGCUACCGGCAGAACUGCAAGACAUGCACUGACGCCCCGAUGGUGGAUCCCAGAAUCAGUGCAGAGAACAUCACCACCCUCAUGAAGAAUCUGGUGAAGAAGAUAAGAAUAAAGUGCUACAAUGAAAAACUGGAUCAAGGCGACUAUAAUCACGAGAGGCUUGUGGUCAAAAGUCCUCACGAGCCUGAUCAUUGUGAAGGAUGUAAAGAAGGCAUCUGCAAUAGAGAGAGAGAUGAGGUUUAUGUUCUUUGUAAUAGAAUAAAACAAAUGUUCACUGUCUCCUUUUGUGUCUUGAAUUACCAACCAGAAUUGACUGUCACUUUCAGGAUGGCACUUUCAGAGUGGACCAGUGUUUUCCUGGGAGAAGCCAACGGUGUCCUGCAUGGAGACACUUGGAAUCUGGAGUUUGAUCCCUCUAUUCGACCCAACUCUCUAGAGCCAGGAUGGAAGGAAUACAUCAGGACCACGAGUGCAAGGUUUCAGUGCACCCAGUGUCGAAGAGCCUGGCCUUCCAACCGAGUGAUGGUGAUCUUCCACAUGAGUCUGUCGUACAGGAACGGCCGUGUCAAAGUGAGGAGCUUCAGGCAGAACUGUAAGAAUUGCACUGAUGCCCCAAUGGUGGAUCCCAGCAUCAGUGCAGAAAACAUCACCAUCCUCAUGAAGAAUCUGGUGAAGAAGAUAAGAAUAAAGUGCUACAAUGAAAACCUGGAUCAAGGCCACUAUAAUUACGAGAGGCUUGAAGUCAAUAAUCCUCACGAGCCUGAUCAUUGUGAAGGAUGUAGAGAAGGCAUCUGCAACAGAGAGUGAGCUGAGCUUUGUCAAUCUUCAGCUGAAUCUUCUGUUCUUUGUAACAGCAUAAAACAAAUGUUCACCGUUGUCCCAGAUUUAUUAAAAUGAUGUGUCACAAGAUUUUAACUUGAUGCUUCUUGAGCAAAGCUUUCUCUGUCCAUGUACACUGUACUAUAACCUUGUUUGUGCUUGUAAUGUAAUCAUUUAAAUAUGUUGAUGUAUUUUCUGUCAGUUGAUGAAAUGUAUUUGCAAGAGAAAAUGUAUUUGUUGUCAAAAGAAAUAUAGUGUGCAGGCAUUAAAAAAAAAAAAAAAACCUGUAACCUCCUUAUAGUAUCUGCAUCGUCGCCCUGGUGUUUAUAAGAUUGAUGUUGUCCAGUAAACGCCUUGUAAUAUGGAUUUCAAAAUAAAGCUGGCUUAAUUAAAUCAAA